AUGAAAAUAUUCGUAUGUAUUAUUAUACUAUUUAUUCAAACAAUUUCUUCUCUUGAAUUAAAAAAAUUAUCAACAUGUCAAACAGCAUUAGGAAUGCAAUCGGGUUCUAUUCCAGAUUCAGCUAUAUCAGUAUCGAGUAGUUAUGAUUUAAAUACUGUUGGACCAAAAGCUAGUCGAGCACGAACUGAACAAUAUGGUGGUGCCUGGUGUCCAUUAAAUCAAAUAACAUCUAUGCCAACAGAAUGGUUAGAAGUUAAAUUUGAAAACUUAACUUAUUUAACACAAGUUGAAACACAAGGACGCUUUGAUAAUGGACAAGGAAGAGAAUAUGCAGAUAAUUAUAUAUUAAUGUAUACACGAUCAAAUAGUAUAAAGAAUGAUCAAACAUUAUGGAUUGAAUAUAAACCAAAAAAUCAACAGAAUAAUGCAACAUGGAUACAAGCUAAUCAAAAUACUUAUAUAGGAGAAAUUCGUCAAUUAGAUCCACCUAUUGUUGCUAAACGACUUCGUUUUUAUCCUGUUAGUAAACAACUUCGUACUAUUUGUAUGCGUGUUGAAGUUUAUGGUUGUUUAUUUUCUGAUGGUAUUGUAUCUUAUUCAAUGCCACAAGGACGUACUGAUAUAAAUUCAUUUGGUGAUGAUACAUAUGAUGGAAAAUAUCUUCCUUCUAAGAAUAUGUUAAUCAAUGGUUUAGGACAAUUAUCUGAUGGUAUUACAGGUUCAGAAGAAAUCUCAAUUAUUGAUGGUCGUCAACCAUGGAUUGGUUGGUCAAAUGAAACAAGUACAUAUAUAAGAAUAAAAUUUCAAUUUGAUACCAUACGUCAAAUAAAUCGUGUUAAAAUACAUACAAAUAAUUUAUUUUCAAAAGAAAUUCUUAUAUUUAAAACUGCAAUUAUAUCAUUUUCAAAUGAUAAUGAUGAAAAAAAUUAUUCAAAUAAAAUUAUUUAUCAACAUAAUCGUGAUGAUAUAUUUGAAAUAGCACGUCCUGUAUUAAUUGAAUUAAAUAAUCAUAUAGGAAAAUUUGUACGUUUAGAUUUAUAUUUUGAUUCAAAAUGGUUAUUAGUUAGUGAAAUAACAUUUGAUUCACAAAUAUAUAAUCCAAAGAAUGAAAUUAAAGAAAAAACUCUUAGAAAAUCUUUAACCGUUGAAAAUGAUCUAUAUAAAUAUAAUCGAAAAUUAUAUCAAACAACAAUAUCAAUGAAUUUACAAACAAAAAUUCCAUCGAUUAUAACAAUUGAAUUAUCUUUAGCAUUUCUUAUUGGUGCAUUAAUAGCUAUUGGAAUAUUAUUAAUUGUUUCACUGAUAUGGAUUAUUCGUCGAAAGAAAAAAUUACAAUUUCAAAAAUUAACUGAAAAACCAGGUAGUAAUUCAUCAUGUUAUACAUAUCCAACAUUACCUAUACGUGAAUUUUAUGAUUUAAAUGCACCUAUUACAAAUACAAUUGAUGAACGUGAAUAUGCAGCAUCCGAUAUAAAUUUCUAUUCAACAUUUUCACCUCCAAAUAAUUUAUAUAGUCCUCGUUUAAUACGACCAUCAAUUAUAAAUUCAAAUGCAUAUCCAACAAUAAAACCAAUUUCAUAUUGUUGUAUACAAGAACAACAAUAUACAACAUUAUGCCAACAAUCAUCGAUAUUAUUAUCGUUAACACAAGAUAUUUUACCUAUUGAAGGACUUUGUGGAAAUAGUUUAAUGAUUAAAAUGAAUGUAAUUGAAGAAAAUCAACAAAUAUCAAUAAAUGAAAUCAAUGAUGAUCAAUUAAUUUUUAUUAAAAAAAUUGGUAAUGGGCUAUUUGGAAGUAUUCAUUUAGCUGAAAUACAUGGAAUUUAUUUAAAUAAUAAAAUCGAAAAACAACAUGUUAUUGUUAAAACAUUAAAUGAUAAUGUGGGCGAUGAUAAAAAAACAUUAUUUUGGAAAGAAAUUGAAUUACUUUCAACAUUACAUAAUUCCAAUAUAUGUUCUCUAUUGGGUACUUCAAGUUCACAACGAACAGUAGCUAUAUUUGAAUAUUAUUCACUUGAUUUAUAUCAAUAUCUUCGUCAACAAAUUAUACCAUUAGAUAACUGUUCAGCAUCAAGUUUUUUACUUUCAUUAGCAUGUCAAAUAGCAUCGGCAAUGAAAUAUUUAUCAUCAUUUCAAAUAAUUCAUCGAGAUUUAGCUGCAAGAAAUUGUUUAAUUUCAUCAAUUAAUCAUCAAUUACGUUUAACUGAUAUUGCAAUGGCUAAAUCAGAAUAUUCAAAUGAUUAUGCACGUAUUGGACAUUUACAAUCACGUAUUGCUAUACGAUGGGCGGCAUUAGAAUCUUUACUUCUUAAUCAAUUUUCUCUUAAAUCAGAUGUUUGGUCAUUUGGUGUAACACUUUAUGAAUUAUUUACAUACGCAAGACAACGUCCUUAUCAUACAUUAACAAAUGAACAACUUAUACAACAAUUUGCUGCUCUUUCUCAACCACAAUUAUUAUCAACAUCGUUAGUAACAAAAGAUCUCUGUUUACCACAACCAGAAUUAUGUUCAAAAGAAAUCUAUGAUAUGAUGUGUGAAUGUUGGCAACAAGAUGCUCAACGUCGACCAUCAUUUGCUGAUAUACAUACAUUUUUACUUGGUAGAGCAUCUGGUUCAACAUUAUUAAUAUCACCAGGAUUAUAG